AUGUCAAUUACGCACAUUUCGUCCCUAUCUCAACUCAAUGGCAUUCUCGGGGAAUCCAAGAGCAAGCUCACUGUGAUUGACUUCCAUGCGACUUGGUAUGUUGCCUCCUUGUUCUGCAGUACUCGAACACUGCAUGCGUCGCCAUUGGACAGGUGUGGACCGUGCCAUGCUAUUGCGCCCAAGUUUGAGGCGCUGGCUCGCGAAUACAAGAACGUGAACUUCCUGAAGUGCGACGUCGACCAGGCACGGGACGUUGCUUCAGAAUACAGGGUUACUGCCAUGCCCACUUUCAUCUUCCUCAAGGGGCACACCAAAGUCGAUCAAGUCAGAGGAGCGGACGCGCGAGGUAUCGAGGCCGCUCUUCGUAAACACUCGACCUCAUCCGGAGGAACCACUGCAUUCUCUGGGAAAGGGCACACGCUCGGUGGAGGACCUGCCCCGACGGACGUCAAGGGCGAGGCCAAGAGGGCUGUUGACAAUGCAGCUAAUGCGGCUUCAGCGGGGCUGGCUGGUAUCGACCCUCAAGUCAAGGUUCUGGUAGGACUGAUUGGGCUGUACGUUUUGUUUUGGUAUCUCGGAUGA